AGGCAGAAAGUGCUGAUGAAUCAAGUGAUGAAGGUUCAGUGCUUUGGUGUACUGAAGAACUGGAAAAUAAUGUGAAGGAAACUUUACAACUUUUAAUGAAUGCCAAAGAAAAAAAAGUUGUUGCUAAACAUAAAAAAAAGAUUACUGAUUUUUUUAGUUUUACAUCAACUGAAGAAGGUGACUCAAUUUUUGAAAAUGAAAACUCACCUACAAUAAGUGAAUCUAGCCAAGCCUCUGAAGAUGAAUUUAAUCCACAAACUGACGAUCAGGAGUCUGUUGAUGAUGAGAAUUUUAACAAGGAAUAUUUGUUAUCUGAUAAUGAAUUAAUUAAAGAAAUUAAAAAUAAAAUUAGUGACAAUAAACUUCCAGCUGGUUUAAAAUGGAAGUUAACUGCAGUUUUAUAA